AUGAGAGAUUUGGCCCUGUAUUUGGCAAAUCAUGAUAAUAAUAUUUAUCGUAGAAGGCUGUAUAUGCCUAAAAUGAAAGAUCAGUUGCCCUCCGACUGGGAAGUUCUUUCAUCUAAAGCCCACACUGUUUCCAUUCACACAGGGGCAAUGAAGGACACAGACUGGCCUCAAAUGGAGUUCCCUAAGGUGAAAGCUUUGGUUUUAUAUUUCAUUGCAAGUGAAUAUUGCAUUCCAACGUUUUUGCACACAAUGAAAAAUCUCAAGGUUCUGAUAAUCCAUAAUGCUGAUGGAGCAAAACGAAGCAAGCUCAGUGGUGUGGCUGGUUUCCAAGAACUUUCUCAACUUAAAACUCUGCAUCUUGAAAGGCUGAUAGUUCCUGAGGAGUGGAAGGGCCUUGGUAGGGAUAAAACGUUCAACUUUCCUGGGCUUCUGGAAUUUAAUGUGAGCUACUGCAUUGAUCUUGAAGAGUUGCCAGCAGGACUCUGUUCUUCAAAUUCCCUGAAAAAGUUGUCAGUUACUCAUUGCCAUCGCCUUGCAAAGCUACCUGAUGAGAUGGAUAAGCUUCUAUCACUUAAGAAAAUAACAUUGUUUGAGUCACCAGGCUUGACAGCACUGCCGUCCUCCAUCUGCCAUCUGAAAAAAUUAAAAUUCCUUGACAUCUCGUCGUGCAUAUGCCUGAAGGUGAACAAGUGGAGACGCUGUGAACUGAAGGAUACUCUUCAAAGAGUAGCCAAAAUGUCCUCUCUUAAACGCGUGAUUUGUGAUAAGAAGAAUGAGCAGCUGUUCAAAAGCACCUCCAGGACUGACCUUAAAGUUCAUACUGUGGUGGAGCAAGAAGGUAAUUUGGAUUGGCUGUAUUUGAAGACUUUGAAUGGACGAAAUUAG